GCCUCCAGUCUGCCGGAUAUCCAAAAACAGAAGAAGAGAAGUAAAAAACCCACGAAGAAGAAUUUUGUUGAGCCUCGUGAAGCGGGAAUUGACAGCAAUACUAUGGACUGUGGUCAGAAUGACCUGCCGUCUCCGGUGGUUCGAGACGACGAGGUGACCGUCGCUGCCCGUAGAAGGUCAAUGAGGAAGAAGGUGUUCUUCCCGUCACCCGACAGCAGCCCCAUCGCCUCCACCGUCACACCAGCUCGCUCCAUGAUGAGGAACACUCCGGCUUCACUGUUCAGACAGGCUGUUACUCCCAGGGUUCCAGAUGUUUCCACCAUUCUGGCUCCAGCAGGUCGAACGCCUCGAUACACACACACACCCAGACACGGUCGCAGCAGUUUGAAUUUGGACGACAGCGAUUGGACAAACCAAACGUACUUCUCUCCUAUUUCUGGACUGGGGGACACGAGCUUCUUCACGGAGGACAGCACCAACCUCAGCUCGGCUCUACUGAAGGAAGACGACCCUGGAGAUGCUGCGGCUGCCAGUCUUUUCCCAGAGUUCCUCGGGUCCUUUCUGAAACACUCUUCCUCUGCGGUGUUUGAGCUGCUGGAGGAUUACCAGGCGCUCUGCCAGGACAAGGUGGAGGUCCUGCAGUCUGUGGUGCUCAGAGCCGGGCAGAACAGCAAGACAGCCGGAGUCCGCUGGCUGCUGCAGCAGGAGAACUGCUCCUGGAGACUCAUCACCUCGCUCUACAGAGACCGGGUCCAGUUGGCGAUGGAAGAUGACAUGAUGACAGACAUGGUUGUUCCCAGUGAGAGUGAGAAAGUGGUCGUGGAGCAGCUGUUCCAGCGAGAUGCCGCCAUACGACAGAGUCAGCUGGUCGUUGAUUGGCUGGAAAGCAUCGCCAAGGAUCAGAUUGGAGAUUUCUCAGAUAAUAUCGAAUACUACGCCAAAAACGUCUGCUGGGAGAACACCCUCCAUACGCUGAAGAUGAGGAGUAAGAGCUGCACCGGCUUCACCGUCCCUCUGGUCACUGAGCUGGACCCGGACGCCCCUCUCCGGCAGCAGCGCCCCCUGGUGGAUCUGGACAGAGAGGACGACGCUCGCCUGAUGAAGAACCUCUUCACGCUGAUCAGAGCCGGGAUGACCGAGGAGGCUCAGAGGCUGUGUAAGCGCUGCGGUCAGGCCUGGAGAGCAGCGUCUCUGGAGGGAUGGAAACUCUACCACGACCCCAACAUGACCUCAGGGAGUGUGGCGCUGCAGCCGGUGGAAGGAAACCCUCAGAGAGGAAUCUGGAAGGCCUGCUGCUGGAGGAUGGCUGAGGAGGAGCAGUUAAACAGAUACGAGAAAGCGAUCUACGCCAGCCUGAGUGGAAACCUCAAACCGCUGCUGGCGGUGUGUGAGUCGUGGGAGGACUGUGUGUGGGCUCAUUUCAGAGUGAUGGUCGACUCUCUGGUGGAAAAAGAUCUGGUGUCGUCAGGGAUGGCCCACCAGGAAGUGGAGACACUGCCGCGGGAAUACCUGGAGGCCAACUGGACGAUGGAGAAGGUGUUCGAGGAGCUUCAGGCCUCAGAGUUGAAGAGGGUGUUGGAGGAGACAAAGGAGCAUUACCACGUCAUCCAAAAGUUUGUCAUCCUGGGAGACAUCGACGGUCUCUUGGAGGAGUUCUUUGAUUGGCUGACAGACUCUAAGCCCCUCCCCUCCCACCUGCUGCGCUUCAUGACUCACCUGCUGCUGUUUUACCGCUCUCUGGGUUUGGCUCUGAAGGAGGAGGUGUGUGUGGACGUUCUGAAGGCGUACGUUUCCCUCCUGAUCCGGGAUCAGCAGACCGACCUCGUGGCGAAUUACGUGAGCCAGCUUCCCUCUGAACUCGCCACCAUUCAAUACGCCGCCUUCUUAGAGACCGUCACCCAACCGGAGAUCCGCCCACGCUGCCUGCAGCUCGCCACCGAUGCUGGUCUGGAUGUCGCCGCGAUAACGAAGCUGGUGGUGGAGACGGUGAGAGAGAGAGAUGAAACUGAGUUCACUCACCACAGCCAGACGCUGGAGACAGGAACCAAUAAGGAGGACCUGAGUAAGAUCGACGUCAUUGAUUGGCUGCUGUUUGACCCCGCCCAUCGCGCAGAGUCCCUAAAACAGUCCAACGCCAUCAUGAGGAAGUUCCUGGCGAUGCAGAAACACGACGCAGCGAAGGCGGUUUUCUCCAAAGUCCCCGAGGACUCGAUGAGGGAGAUUUACUCUCAGUGGUCGGGGGUCGGACAGACGACUCCUCUCCCCGCGGAGGACGAGAACUCCAUCAGAGAACACCUGUGCAUCAGAGCCUACCUGGAAGCCCACGAGGCCUUCACUGAUUGGUUCAGCCACAGCAGCUCCGCCCCACAGAAACCAGCACCUGCUCCUGAGGCCAAAUUCACCGAGAGAGUAGCCAAUGAGAUGAGAGAGAAGGAGUACCAGUCGUCCCUGUCUGCCUGGUCUGGUCGUCUGGACGUUCUGACUGAAGAUGUGAAAGAGAGAAUCUACAACGUGCUGCUGUUCGUAGACGGUGGCUGGAUGAUCGACAACAGACAGGAUUCGGAGGAGGAUUCAGAGCGCAGCCACCAGAUGGCGGCGUUGCGCUCGCUGUGUUUGCCUCGCCUCAGUUUCCUGCUGCUCAGCGUCCUGCAGAACUCCUCCAGACACCAGGAGGCGCUGCGGCUCGCUGACAUCAUCUCCUCUGACCAGCACCGCCUCUACCAGGUGUUCUCUAAGGAGGAGCUGAGGAGGUUCCUGCAGAAGUUGAGGGAGUCUUCUCUCGCUCUGUUGGACCGAGGACUCGACCCGCUGGGCUAUGAGCUGCAGCCGUGAACACACACACACACACACACACACACACACACACACACACACACACACACACACACACACACACACACACACACACACACACACACACACACACACACACACACACACACACACACACACAGUGUCUGAAUCACUGAUGUGUUUUUUUUACGUUUUAUCAAAAAUAAAAGCCUUUGUUUUCCUGUA